AUGGCAAGACAGCUGAGUACGACAGCUGCGAGGCGGACAGAGCUACCGAGCGCCGCUUCAUUCCCUGCUGUGCCCUCCGUCUCCGACACCGCCCCUCCAUCAUCGACAUCGAGGCUGCCCGCACCACCUACUGUCGCUGCAACAGGGUCGUCAGCAGCACCGCCUACCUCGACGAAGCGUGCUCAUGUUCACGGACCAGACGAAGGACGUGACAAGGGGAAGGGGCCGGCAAAGAGGGAGCGCAAACCCGCUGGCAUGCUCGGCAAGUGGUGGCCGACGCUGCACAGUCGCACGGGUCAAGGACGAGGAUGCGGACACUACGUCUGGGGCGAGCCGGCGCCGAGCAGCAAAGUUGCGGCUUUCGAUCUGGACGGGACGAUCAUCCGACCGAUGAAUGGCAACUCGUUCCCGAAGGACUCGUACGACUGGGAACUUUGCGGCGGUUCCGUCGUCCGCAAGUUGCGAGACUUGCACCGCGACGGCUACGCCAUCGUCCUCGUCACGAAUCAAGCCUCCCCCUUCUCCGAUCUGAGCGCCGACUUCCGGCGCAAGAUCCCCUUCGUCUGUCGUCGGCUCAACGUUCCGCUGCACGUCUUCGCGUGCUUCGAGUUUGACGAGUACAGGAAGCCGUCGGCGGGGAUGUGGGAGGCUUUUGUCGAGCGGUUCAAUGGCGGGUUGGAGAUUGACUACAAUGCGUCGUUUUACGUCGGCGACGCUGCAGGUCGACCUGCGGACCACGCAGACACCGACAGGAAGUUCGCUUUGAACGCCGGACUGCGUUUCUUGACACCUGAGGAAUGCUUCGAGGACGCGGCGCCCGACGAGGACUAUGUUCUCUGGGGGUGGGAUCCGUUUGCGUACGACCAUUCGACUCCCGACCCUCCCGCUAUCCUCCCUCCUGCUCCUCCGCCCAACUCGACUCCGCACGAACUCGUCCUUCUCCUCGGCGGUCCGGCGUCCGGCAAGACUCACUACUACAACACUCACCUCCAGCCUCAGCGAUACGAGCGCUUCACCUUCCCUCCGCAACGCAACUCUGAGCUUCCACGACAGCUGAAGCAGCACGUCCGCCUCCACUUCGAGCGAACACCACCGACCGACGACUCUUCACCGCCCGCACCCCGCCCUCUCCGCCUCGCCAUCGAGACGCCCCUCGCGUCCGCCUUCUCGCGCCGCCUCUUCCUCCGCCACUUCGCCAACCUUCUCCUCUCGAUCCGGGGUGUCUCUCGCUCCUCGUUCAAGAUCAGCGCGGUCGUCUUUGCUCCCGCAGGCGGGUUCGACGAGUCGGUCAGCGGGAAAGGCGGAAUUGAUCUGUGGCGCCACAACUCGGUUUGGAGGAGCGUGACGAGUGGGCAGGGAAGGGUUGGAGACAGGCCGAGGAAGAGGGCGGUGCCGCUUACGCCUAUCGAGUUUCUGAGGAAGUUUGAGCGCGAGUGGGAGGAGCCGACGAUCGAAGAGGGCGCGUCCCGCUCGUCCGCUCGGUUCCACUCCCUCGCAACCGUCUAUUUCCGCCUCCCUCCCGCCCUCCAACCCUCCUGGAAACGCUGGCUCGCCGACGUCUACCCGGGCAAAGCGAAGAAGACGGGUCGGAUCGCGGUGUAUGGGCCUGGUGCGAGGAAGGAUGCGGUGGGGAGGUGGGAGGAGGAGGCGAAGGAAGAGGAAGGGGGGGAGUUGAUGGGUGUGCUGGAGGUGCCUGGGGAGGAUGUGGCGUAG